AUUCCAAUAAUGAGAGACCCUGGAUGGAUUCGAAAUGUAUGGUCUUCAAACAUUAAUGCUCAAACCAUGAAUUACGUCGGGCAGCUGGCAGGCCAGGUGUUUGUCACCGUGAAGGAGCUCUACAAGGGGCUGAACCCUGCCACCCUGUCCGGAUGCAUUGACAUCAUUGUGGUCCGCCAGCCCAAUGGGAGCCUGCAGUGCUCCCCCUUCCACGUCCGCUUUGGGAAGAUGGGGGUCCUGCGUUCCCGAGAGAAGGUGGUUGACAUAGAAAUCAAUGGGGAAGCAGUGGAUUUGCACAUGAAAUUGGGAGAUAAUGGAGAAGCAUUUUUUGUUCAAGAGACUGAUAACGAUCAGGAGGUGAUCCCCGUGCACCUGGCCACCUCCCCGAUCCUGUCGGAAGGAGCCUCGAGGAUGGAGUCCCAGCUGAAGAGGAGCUCCGUAGAUUGGAUGAGAAGCCUGGACCCCAACACGUCAGCGCAGGUCUUACCUCCCAGCGAGACCCCUUCAAGUGGCUCUUUAGUGAAGAAGCGAAGGAAGAGGAGGAGGAAGUUGCAGCUGGACAGCCUGAAGCGGGACGACAACACGAACACGUCCGAGGAUGAAGACAUGUUCCCCAUAGAGAUGAGCUCGGACGAGCUGCAGGACAGCAGUAGAACUCUUUGUAAUGAUAUACCUCCAUUCCAAGGAGAUAUCCCUAAGGAAAACCUUUCCCCAGUCAUGACUUACCCUCAGUCAGCAUCUUACCCGAAUUCCGACAGAGAGUGGUCACCUAGCACCAGUAGCCUGACAGAUUGCAGGGGGAGCCCCCCUCGUCUGGCCGUUGCGGCCGAGGGCGGUCUUUCUAGUUCUUGCCCUCCACAGUCUUCCCACUUCCACGCUUCGGAAAGUCCUUCAGUUUCCCGACCUUCAACACCUAAAAGUGAUUCGGAAUUGGUCAGCAAGUCUGUGGACAGGACAAUGCAAAAGGAUAAUCUAGAAAUGCUCUGGCUUUGGGGAGAAUUGCCCCAAGCCGCAAAGUCAUCUGCACACAAGAUGAAAGAGUCCAGCCUGCUGAACAGUAGAAAAGUCUGUGAUGAGAUGCACUUUCAAGCCAUCCACAGUGAAUCUUCAGACGCGUUUAGUGACCAGUCACCGACACUGGCUGGGGCGUCUCCCGUGCAGCCGCUGUUGGAGCAGAACAAGCUGCAGACGGAGAUUCAGUUCGCAAACGAAGAAGAUGUUGAGGCCUUAGGAGCCGCAGCGCCCCCGUUGCCUACGAUCGAAGAGUCCAAAGCCCUCUCCGCCAGCGCUGCCCCGGCAGCCAGCAAGACGGAUUCGCCUUCUAGGAAAAAGGACAAACGGAGCAGACACCUUGGUGCCGACGGCGUCUACUUGGAUGACCUCACAGACAUGGAUCCUGAAGUCGCUGCCCUGUAUUUUCCCAAAAACGGAGACCCUUCUGGGCUCACAAAACACGCCAGCGACAACGGAGCCCGCUCAGCCAACCAAUCCCCGCAGUCCGUGGGCAGCUCUGGCGCUGACAGUGGCAUGGAGAGCACUUCGGACAGCCUGAGGGACCUGCCGUCCAUCGCCAUCUCCCUGUGCGGCGGCCUCAGCGACAACAGGGAGAUCACCAAAGAUGCGUUUUUGGAACAAGCCGUGUCAUAUCAGCAGUUUGUGGACAACCCUGCCCUCAUUGACGACCCCAAUCUUGUGGUGAAGAUCGGGAAUAAGUACUAUAACUGGACGACGGCGGCACCUCUGCUCCUGGCGAUGCAGGCCUUCCAGAAACCUUUGCCAAAGGCCACGGUGGAAUCUAUCAUGAGGGAUAAGAUGCCCAGAAAGGGAGGAAGAUGGUGGUUUUCAUGGAGGGGAAGAAACAGCACAAUCAAAGAGGAAAGUAAGCCAGAGCAGUGCCUAGCAGGAAAGAGCCACAGCACUGGGGAGCAGCCGUCACAGCUGGGCCUGGCCACCAGAAUAAAGCAUGAGUCAUCCUCCAGCGAGGAGGAACACGCGUCCGCCAGGCUGCCCAGCACGAGCCGCCCCCCCCUGCUGUCCAGCGUUGGCUACAAGAAGACCCUGCGCCUCACGUCAGAGCAGCUGAAAAGCCUGAAGUUGAAGAACGGACCCAACGACGUGGUCUUCAGCGUCACCACGCAGUACCAGGGCACGUGCCGCUGUGAAGGCACCAUCUACUUGUGGAACUGGGACGAUAAGGUUAUCAUCUCUGACAUCGAUGGAACCAUCACUAGAUCAGAUACUCUUGGCCACAUUUUGCCCACCCUUGGGAAGGAUUGGACCCACCAGGGCAUCGCCAAGUUGUACCAUAAAGUGAGCCAGGUUCAGAGCCCUUGGGGUCCCCAUCCCUGCACCACCACCAGCAGGAGCUUGGUCCCACUGUCUCCAUCUCUCUGUGGACUAGAGUCUCCCACGUAAGUGAAACCUCUCUGUCCUCCACUUAGUUACAGCCGGGAGGUGCAGACAUGGUCUCUGGCCUGCUGGACCUCACGCUUCGGGUUGGUGGGGCACGAAGUGCCUGGGAGGACCUUUCCUCCUGGUGGAUUCAAAGCUUCUCACUUCUUAGAUGCCCAGCUCAUUGAUUUGACUUUCCUUUUCUGGAUGUCUUCCUUAAGAAAUGUUAAAAGUAAUACAUGCUUCUUUGAAAAAAAUAAAUAAGAAAAACAAGAGAAAUAUAAAAGUACAAAGGUCACAUCUUUCUCCUGCCUUACCGAUAAGCUGUAAGUUAUCGGCUACGAGUAUUAUGCGUUCUCUACCAGUGGAACCACUGUGACCGGUUUGGUUCCGUGUAUACUGAAAAUUCAUUUACAUGCUCCCCCGCCCCACGUGCACAUUAUUUAAUGAAGAUCCUUCUGUUUCAUUAUGUGUGAGGUUUACCUCGUUCUUCUUAACUGCAGUACAAAAUUCCAUGCCGUGGGUAAACCACCCUGCAUUUAACUAGUCCUCUGUUGGUGAGCACGAUAGGGCGUUUCCAGUUUUUCACUCUUUCCAAUAGUGAUGCAAUCAGCAUUUACAGAAAGUCCUUAUUAUGUACAACAAGCGUACAGAUAAGUAGAGAAGGUACGACGCUUACACAAGGGCCGCUGUAAGGUGGAUUCUCAGAAGUAGAAUUGCCGGUGGAAGGCCGAGCACACGGAAAGGUUUGGUCGAUGUUCCCGGGCUGCCCCCUGAGAGGUUCUCCCGGCCUCCCUCCUGUAGGCGAUGCGUUCAGGGCCUUCCCCGCCACCUCCGCACGGCUGACUCUUUGCCUCGAAGGAUUAAUCCACUGAUGAGCUGCCUUGACUGGCCUCACACUGAAAACUGUCUCUAUUUUUCGUCGAAAGAAACCCCUGUGGGUCAGGAUACAGAGUAGUUCACAGCCUCAUUCAUUUUGGGUUUGGAACAUAAAGCUAUCCCUGUUCUUACUGUAAGGUUAAAAAAAGGCACUAUGUUUUGCCGGUUUUUUUUUUUUUUUUGGUUUUGAUUUGUGUCUCUCUUGGGUUCUCCUAGAAAAGGUAUCUUCUUGAAAAAUAAAGUUGCGUAGCUUACCAAAGAAUACCUGGUCGUUGUUUUGGUUCGAUUGAUUGAUUCAGAAUGAGUCCGGUCUGUGGGUGAGGACCUGAGAGCCACAGACUGCUUGUUGUGUUUUCAUUUUGGUUGACAGGAAGGAGCUUGACACUUAACUUGUUCACUGAGUUUGACGUGUGUCCUCAGUGGCACCCGGACGGUUAGACCAGUGAUGUCCUGGCCGUCCGCCAGCUCGGCCAUCGCCUUCAGGGGCUCUGUACGGGAGCAAGGGCAGCCUCCUUAGCGUGGCUCUCAAACCCUGCGGUUUCAGGUCAGCUUCCGCCAGUUCCUGAUCUGUUGCUGCUUCUCCGCAGACCUUCCUGCUCGAAUCCAGUCUGACUGUUCCCCACCCCGUAUCCGUCGUUUUCCCAUCUUCCCACCUUUGCUCACAUGGUGGCUUCUGCUUGGCGUGCCUUUACCUCUGAUUUUUGCCUCCCCCAGUUGUUCAGCCUGUAAUGCCCGGCUCAGACCCCAUGGUCCUCACCAAGCCCCUUCAGGUCAGAAUUGGUGCCCUGGGCAGCCCUACGUCCUCCUCCUCUAGGCUUCCUGAUACCCAAGGGCUCGGCCUGGCUUGGUGGCCUUGGUGCCAUCCCAGAGUUCUAGCCAGGCUGGACGUGGUGUCGGCUUUCGUAGCUGGUUAGAGCGAAUGCCCAUCCAGCCAGCGUCUCACAUGCUACCUCCUCCAAGUCUUCGGCAGCCCCAGCUGGGAGAAGGGCAGGGACGGACUGAGAACUGGUAAAGGCUGGGUGGCCGUUUCUGUUGGUGUCAUAUUUGUGAUCACCCAGAGACGUAUUUAGAGAAAUGUUUCACAUGACAGAGUACCAGGAGGAAGGGGCCGUUUAAUUGAGUUUUGGACUGAUCACUCUUCCCUGAUGCUUCUUUCCUUGCAUUUGGGUACCCCUCAAAUUUUAUGCCCUGCAGUAUUUUUCUAACGGAAAAACCAGUCUUGCAGAUGACCACUUGCCUGGAAACAACAGAAAAUGAGGACCAUUGUAUUUAUUUUUUGCCAAAUGUAAUUACUCGUUUGAAUAAGUCAGCCCAUGAGAAAUUACCUGUCAGGUUGAUCAUCACCUUGUUCAUAGAGAGGAUAUAAAGCUCGCUUGGUUAUUGAUUUUAAAAAGCAGACUUGGUUAUUGAUUAAAAGGAGCUAUAGCAGAUACAAAUAGAAGAGAUGUGAAACUCCCGCGUAUUCAAAUAUACGUGUCCAAUAAGUAGAAGGAAAAUAAAGCAGGACCGUUUCCUAAAAUAUGUAGAUCAUUGAGCCAGUGGGGAUUUGCGGGGGGCUAAGUAUGGACAAAAACUGCUCUAAUUUCCUACCUUCCUGGAUAAAUAUUUUUAUAUUCACGUAACCGGAAGUCGGUGGCCCCAUGAUUAGCGGGAGGAAUGCUUCCUGGGUUUCCAUGGAUAAAUUAGUUCAUCUGUGGCCUGCGGAAUGUAUCGUCUGAAGCCGAGAUGCUGAAGACGGGGACCGAUCAUUAGCAGACAUUAGCAUCUUUCUUCUUCUCCCGCCCACAGCGGUUCUUUCUUCCCCUCACCUCAGGUCUUUCUAAGUUAUCGCGUCAUCGCUGUCUGCCAGGAAGGGAGAGUGUGGUGUGGCGAAUGGGAGGGAGUCGGGGACCUGGGCUCUAGGGGCCAUAGCCGUCGGGCCACCACAGACCUUCCGACCAGUCCCCUGCUCGCGGCUUUGGCUUCCUCAUCCCCGAAGGGCGGAGUUGGAUCCCACCAUCCCUUCGGUCGGUCCCUGCUAGGCUGGCAGCACUGCGCCGCUAGGUCGGGUGGUUCAAGUCAGUCCCGAGCCCGCGUGCGCUGUUCCAAGCCAAGGCUCUGUGAGAGCCCUGAGGAUGCGCUGAGCCCGACCACAAACCUUCUGUGCACCGGGCGCUGUUCUGGGUACGCUAGGGGGUGCUGCCAGCCCCUCCCGUCGGGCACCCUGUGACCCCCAAGAAGGACCCCUACAGCACGCCCCGUAACGAGGCACUGGGGCGGGGUGUAGUGAGAGAGGCAGAUUUUACAGAUGUCAGUGAAGGAGAAGUGAAUUCUGAUUGGAAGGGCGAGGAAUCAAAGAAGGCUUCAGCGAGAAGGUGGCACCUGAGCUGAGCCUUACUGGGUGAGCAGAGUUUUGAAAGAGAGGAAGGCUCAUCACGGGUGGAGGUAGCAGUGGGAAGAGGGGCUGAGAGAUGGGCAGGUUCGUGGGGGUGAGGAGCGCUCACAGAAAGGAGGUCCCGGUGCAGGGGGCCCGCGGUGCAGGGGACCCGCGGUGCAGGGGGUCGGCGGUGCAGGGGGCUGGCGGUG